AUGGUUAAGCACAACAAUGUUGUUCCAAGCUCCCAUUUCAGGAAGCAUUGGCAAAACUAUGUUAGGACUUGGUUUAACCAACCUGCACGCAAGACCCGGAGAAGAAAUGCUAGGCAGAAGAAGGCUGUGAAGAUCUUCCCUAGGCCAACUGCUGGACCUCUCCGUCCUAUUGUCCAUGGCCAGACUGUGAAGUACAACAUGAAAGUCAGAGCUGGAAGAGGUUUUACUUUGGACGAGCUCAAGGCUGCUGGUAUCCCUAAGAAACUUGCCCCAACUGUUGGGAUCUCAGUGGAUCAUCGCCGCAAAAACAGGUCAUUGGAAGGCUUUCAGGCUAAUGUGCAGCGUCUCAAACUUUACAAGGCCAAUUUGGUUGUCUUCCCAAGACGCACAAAGAAAUUCAAGGCUGGUGACUCUGCCCCAGAGGAAUUAGCAACAGCUACCCAAGUCCAAGGUCCAGUCUUGCCCAUUGUUCCUGAGAAACCAACCGCGGAGCUUGUUAAGAUAACUGGUGACAUGAAGUCAUUCAAGGCCUACAACAAGCUGCGAUUGGAGAGGAUGAAUGCUCGCCACCUUGGUGCUAGGUUGAAGAGGGCAGCAGAGGCUGAGAAGGAGGAGAAGAAGUAA